AAGCGAUCGCGAGAAAAAAAAAUGCAACCUCCCAAAAAUAAAGAGCAAAGAUUGCAUUGAGCAGCGAGCAGCAAUGCAGAAAUAGAUGGCAGUUUCGUGUCAGGGAGUUUGCAUUCCCCCUUCCUGGUCCAAGAAGUGGAGUGAUUAGACCCCUGGAAGGGACUUGCAUUUACUACAAGUGGAAGAGUCCCCCCGCUUUUGCUGGCUGCUGUUUGCACUGUACAUAUUGGGUGCAUCUAGCCAUUCUCACUGGGGUUUUUUUUUCCCUCCCCUCUCUUUCCUGAAUUGAUUUUUUUUUUACAGUGUGACAGAAACAAAACAAAACAAAAAAAGGGACAUUGGAUCUAUUGUUGUUUUUUAUGAUCACAAACAAAACCCCACCACAAACAAACAAACACAAAACAAAACAAAAGGGUUUUGCUCAGCAGCAGCAUGGAUGUGUUGGCUAGUUAUAGUAUAUUCCAGGAACUACAGCUUGUCCACGACACCGGCUACUUCUCAGCUUUGCCAUCCUUGGAGGAAAACUGGCAGCAGACAUGCCUUGAGUUGGAACGUUAUCUUCAGACGGAGCCAAGGAAGAUCUCAGAGAACUUUGGCGAGGAUUUGGACUGUUUCCUUCACACCUCCUCUCCUCCAGGCUCAGAGGACAGUAUCCGACGGCUGGACCCCAUCCUGUUUCCAGUGGAGACGAGUACAUGCGACAAAAGCACCAACAUGGACCUUAUCCUGUCACGAGACAAACUGCUGUCUGCGACGUGCCUCAGCUUGCAGCCCACCGGCUCUUCCAUAGAGGGUUACGCUGCUGUCAACCAGGCCCAACUCAACGCAGUGACCUCAUUAACGCCCCCUUCCUCUCCUGAGCUCAGCCGCCAUCUGGUAAAAACCCCACAAACUCUCUCCGCAGUGGACGGCACGGUGACAUUGAAACUGGUGGCCAAGAAGGCAUCGCUCAGCUCAGUCAAGGUGGGAGUGGCGGCGGUGGCAACAGCAGGCACGAUAAAGAGUGGGCAGAAUGACGGUGAGCAAGGAGGGGCAGGGGCCGAGGCAUCCCCGGAAAACAAGAAGAGGGUUCAUCGCUGUCAGUUUAACGGGUGCCGGAAGGUUUAUACAAAGAGCUCCCACUUAAAGGCUCAUCAGAGGACUCACACAGGUGAGAAGCCUUACAAGUGCUCGUGGGAAGGGUGCGAGUGGCGUUUUGCACGAAGCGACGAGCUCACGAGGCACUACAGGAAACACACAGGGGCAAAACCCUUUAAAUGCAACCAUUGUGACAGGUGUUUUUCCAGGUCUGACCAUCUUGCCCUCCACAUGAAGAGACACAUCUAACUACCUAAAAUCCAUCAGCAUGGCAUAGAUGUCAGCUGAGCUAAAAGACAUGGCAUGAAGGGUGGAACUCAGUUAUAACCCGCUGCCUUGCGGAAGAAGAGAACUUGAUCACAUGUAAACCUCUGUACACAGACCACACACUCACACUGUCAUGCACCCAACUAUACUUAAAUACAUACAUCUGUUCUUUAUGCCUUGCCCCAGCUGGAUGGAAGAAGGUGCAGGAGAGGAGACGGGGUAGAGGUGAAGUCAGUAAGAUAGAAUAAUUGCUUACAGACUUCAUCACCCGUGGAUUUGUUUCCAGCUAUUGCCAGUAGAAAUCAAAGUAAAAUGGAAGAGGCUUCUCUGCAGGUGGACAGCAAGUGGGAGGGGCUUAUUUAACUCGCUUCUCAAUGCAACUCCAUAGGAGAAUAGGUCGUCUUGAAGUUGCAUAUUUGUAGCACUAACUUUUCUUUUUAAAUAGAUGGGGGGGAAUAAUGACCUAGAAAACCAAAUCCCAGUUUGGUAGCCAAAAUUAACCUCUUGGUUCCUUUGUUCUUUGUCUGAGAAUUCCUAAUGCUUGACACGUCAAACUUCUCACAGACACUUUGAUCUGUCUUGGUUUUGGUUCUUCCUAGAACUGAGCUAUUAAGAUCCUUUUAAGUCAAUACCAAUGGCCUUAAUGGCAGUUGACUGUGGAGUGACACCUGUGACAUAUACAUCAUCUGUUUGGCCUGAGUUUAUGUAGACUUCAUGGAGGACGAUAUUUUUGUUUGGGUAUUUUUGUGUUAACUUUUUUUUGACUAUUGCAUGCCCUAUGCACUGGUAGGGAUUAUGGAAGCUGCUGGCAUGACUGAAAAGCAGCCAAAGGAAGAGUCCCUGAAACAUGACGUUAUAUCUCCAUAGGGAUCACCUUAUUGCCAUAGCUAGGACUUCUUGUUUGUCUAAUGAAAACUUGAAAAGCUCAUGUGGAAGCUUAGACAUUUUAUCUUUUCUCCAUGAACAAGUGAUCUUCAGAACUCCUUUUCUUCACCUGCUUAUCUGUCUUGGACUGGACAAUCAGGCAUGACGACAGAUUUCCUUCAGCACCAUGUGAGCAUGUUGGCUACAAUCCACAGUGAUUGACAAAUUGUGUUGCGUGUUCUUGUUAUUCUAUUGACCAAUUUAAAACAUUGACUUUUAAUUUGUUGAAAGAGCACCUGCAAACAUUUAUUUUCUAAGCCUAACUUUUGGUUAAGCAUCUUACAAAAAAAAAAAAAAAAACAGCCAAAAAUACUACUCUAGUCCCAGAGUGGGAAGGUGAGAACCUCUUCCAAAUAAAGUGGCUUCAUUCAGCAUUAAUCUUUUAAAGGAAAGAUCACAGUCCUCCUUUCCCACUCGUCAAGGUGAUGGUAUAGCCCACGGAUAUUAAAAAGAAUUGUAAGAAUAUUUAAAGAGUGAAUGAAGGGUUGGCUUUUGUGCACAGCACUGAGGAUUUUCCAAGUGAUCGGUCUGGUAUUGGUAGCAUGGGUCCUAUUCGACCUUCAGUCUGUACCAUCCAGGAUCAAUGGAAGCCUCACGCUCACCCUUGAAUCCUGUAGAUAAUUUGACCAUCUUGGCUCAAAGUGGACUAAAUUUCUUGUUAAAAAAAGAAAAAGUAAUAUAUAUAUAUAAAUAUAACUUGCAUUUAUAGCAAGUUGGCACUGGCCCUAACUCCAAAGACUGCCUUUAGGACCAUAUAAAAUGGCCUAUGCAAGCAGGUGGGGUGGUCAUUGGACAGGUUGUAUAUUUUGUAUAUUCUGGGACCCUCCCUACAAGACAUGUCUAGAAAUGAAACAAAAUGGCAUAUGGUCCACAAAUGGUUGCUGCUCUUUUAUACUGUACUAGCCAACUGCCCUCCUUUGACUGUUUUGACUCAUUGACUGUUAAAUAUUUCCCUUUUGGGAUGCAAAACUGAACUCUUAACAAAAAAAUGCAUAGCUGUAAAACGUAAGAGCAGUCACUGGAAUAAUUGGUACUUGCGUUCUCCGCAUCUGCGCAACCUUUAUUCCAGUCAGAGAUUGAAUCUACCUGAAAGAUGUUUAUUUUGCUCACAGUUUUUACAAAUACUGACUGUCAGUUGGACACUUUGGUGGGGAAUAUGAUAUCUGGUCCAUAUGGCAUGAGAUAUGGACCAAAAUCUAACCAUCUUUUUGGGGGGCAAUGAUGUAACAGUGAAAAAAGUAAGAAAAAAUUGAGUUUUAGUCCAAAGAUUUAAAACUAACUAUACUAUUAAAAAAAAUUACUGGAGCACUGCUUGCUGACAAUCUCAUAGUUCUCGACUUCUGUGUUUGCAUACUUCUUAUGGCCAUUCAAUCCAGGAGUUCAGUUGGGUUCUGAGGGCCCUACAACCCAACUUGUGUUUGAAUAUGUGGAGCAUCUUACCAGGAUGUCUCAUGGGAGCUUGAGGAUACUUGAACCUCAGCUGCGUGAAACUAUAGAGCAUCCAUUCAGUGCAUUAGAUAAAAAUUUAGAAAACUCUAGAAGACGUUCAUUCCUAUAGCAUCCUACAGUACAUGUGCACAUACUCACCACUACAUUAGGCUAUGAACCUGUAUAAAUGUUCUCUUCAGAACUCUAGGUAAUCCUGCCUCUAGAAAUGUUACUAAUAGUCCAGAAGACUUAAUAUUAAGGGCAAUUUAAGUAGAAGGCUCUAUUUUAAAAAUGAAAAAAAAUGGAGAGAAAAUAUUUGCUUCCUCUUGUUAACAUCUCAUUUAAAAUAUAGCAGAACAAGGGCCCUUUUGAUAAAUAUCAAAAAUUUCUGAAAUAUUUGGAAACUCUUUUGUUUUUACAGAUAGGCCUGAAUCAGAAUACCCCAAAACCAUAGGAAAUGGGUUCAGAAUCCAAACCAAGACCUGGAUUUCUCAGUUGGGCCCUGUCUGUGAUGGUCCUCUAACUUUGAAAGAGAAAUUUGGGGUUUCAGGACCAUCACUGAUAUUUUUCAGAGACGUUUGUAAUCUGCGUAUAUUGUGUCUCAGCUCAGUGCACUCUGUCAGUCAUUUAAUAGCAGAAAGUGCACGUUCUAGUCUCAGAGGACAGUGGGUAAAGCAAACAGUUUGGUCAUAGUUACGAUUUUUCAAAAGUGACUAGGGAUUUUGGGUGCCCAACUUGAGACAACUUAAAUGGGUCUGAUUUCCAUGCAUUGGCGCUCAGAACUCUGUAGAAAAACCAGGCUCCUUUUAAGUCGAGAGCUCAAAACCUGAGGCACCCAAGAUCACUUGCAACUUUUGAAGGUCUUAGCCCAUGUUUUUCUGCUACAGUUGCAUUCACUUCAUUCACAUUGUAAAGAAUCACUAGUAACAAUCUACCUGGGACCCAUGAAAAAUGGGAAAGAGCUAAUCCUCUCUAUAAGGCUGCUUUGGGAACCAAGUUAUCUAGCAGAUUUUCAAAAGAGCCUUAAAGAGAGGGCUUUACCCUGUUUCCCUUCAAAUUGAAUUCAUGCCCAUUUGCAGAACAGAAGACAUAAAAUGACCAGACAUGGCUUCCAAGAUCAUUGGGGAUGGGAACAAAUUGAGACACAAGUCCCACAAAAAAACUGAUGCCUACAAACUGGUGGAAAAAGAGCACAGAGGAGGAAUAUGAGUUUCUCUGAAUAGUGAUGUAGCAUUAGUCUGGAGAAGAGCAAGCAGGACACACUUCAUAUAUUAGGACACUGGGGUACCCGAGUUAUUCUGGAUUUACAUUGGUGUAACUAAGCAGAAUGUACACCUUAAUGGGGUUCUGCUUCAAAAAAAUGAGUUAAAGUUUCAUUAUGAGGCUUUAUUUUUUUCUUUCAGUUAUUCCAUAUCAGAUUUUCUUAGUGUAGGUAUAAAAGCCGGUUGUCUCAUAACUCAGUUUGGGAUCGGACAUGCAAGUUGGGUUUCCUUCUUUCUUUGGGGUCACCUUUUUGAUCUGUAUCCUCAGCACUCCUGUCGUGUCUCACUGUUCCCAUAUCAAGCAUGGAGGGCCACAGUGCCAUGUUUUUAGUCACUUUUCAGAGCAACAAAAACAAUCCUCAAAAGUGUACAUAUAAUAUACAAAAUGCCAGACAAUUCCAGCAAUUGGAGUGAGAGCCUAGCAAAUACUUCAAUCCAUUACCCCAGAGGUGCUUUACUCCAGUGACCAGCAUUCUGUCUGUUGAACUAGAGAAUUACAUCCUCAAUGGUUAGAAAACAAAAGGUGGAUAUCAUUUGCUAUUAAAUUCCAUGAAUGAAAUCCUAGCCCCAUGUCAAGACUCCCAUUGACUUCACUGGUGCCCAGAAUUUCACUUUGUGGGGUUGAUUCUUCGCUCUAUUAAACUGGUGUAACAGAAUAUAGAAUCAAGCCUAGAGACCUCUAUUAGUUUCCUCCUUAUUAAAUUCCUCCUUAUUAAAUUCUACAGGACCUUUCUAUUAGGAGAGAAGUCUUAGAAAAGAAAAAAGUUAUGGAAGUCCCAGUAUGACUGUCAGCAGACAUUACUGUACCAUGCAGCCUAUGUCUUGGGUCCUUACCCAACACAUUGGAGUUAAAUUACUUUAGAUCUAAUGUAAUUUACAUCACUGUGCAUAUGCACAUUAGAAUACUAUCUUUCUUCUCAUUGGCAGCAGGCUUCACUGGAAUCUGAUUUUAUUUUAUUUUUUUAAAGGCAAGCACCAUUUUACUUGGUACCCUGAAACCACUGACCAAAUAUGGGAGAAGAGGGUAAAUUGGAAUGUAAAAGUGGGAUACACUUCGUUGCUUUCAGGAUUCUGUGUUUAAUUUAAGCUAAAAGCAACUAACCUUUGAUGUCCUGCCUAAAACGGAGACGAUGGAUGAAUAUGAUGGCUAGUGUGACUGAGUACACCUUCUCUGUGACUUGAUCACUAUUUGCAAACUCAGAGGCUCUCUCUCUCUCUCUCAUUGUUCCCCAAUUUUGGGCAUUUUUGUUUCUUUUAGCAUUUUUCAAUACAAAGAUUGCUCUCCUAUUUAAGCUCUUGGGAUCUUUGCUUCUCUAUGUACCGAAGAGAUCAUAGCAGAUGCUUGCAAUAUAAGAAACAAAUCAAGCUUGUUUGUUUCCUUUUUUCCCCUCCACCUUACAUGUGUCAAAAAGUAUAAAAAAAAUAUGAGGGGGAAAAAGUUUGUAAAUAAUUUCACUUUCACAAGGCCAACCGCCAGUGGCUCCAGGGUUUUUAAAUCACACUUUUAUUCAUGCCUCAACACAUCUUGAUUCUUGGCAUUCCCAUGCUGUGCGAUUUUGUAUUUUUAAGCUUUCAUAUUUGUGGGCAAAACCUCUAACCCAACACUCCCUUAAAAUACAUUUUGUUGGUUUCUGGUAGAUCAUAUAUUUUAAAAAGAACGUGAAAAUAACUCUAUUCAGUAUUGGCUUGAAAAACAAAAACAUGAAAAUCCUCUACUUCCUAAGAUUUUACACCCAUUGAUCGAAGAGUCUUGCCUUCUCUUACUAGCAUUAUUUCUAGUCCCUUGGAAUGAUGAUUUCACAAUGAAGCUAAAGUGUUUAAUCUUCCAAGUGUUGCAUUAAUAAUAACAGGGAUAACUUCUGCGAUCUUCCUCAGCCACAACAUCUCAGUGGCUUCAGUGGCAAGUUUUGCCCAUGUAAGAACUGCAGGAGUUGGCCCCCACACACACAAAGGUCUCUCUUAUGUAGUGAAACUUUUCUCCCUUCUUUGAGAAAGAGGUCAGUAUAUUCAGAAAUGUGGUGACCAUCUGCCUUCUUUACCACCUCAAAAGUGGACUUACCUAAUCGAAAACAUUCAGAAGCAGGUGUUUUCAAACAGGGUUUUGUUUUUUUCCUUAAAGCUUAUGAAUAGCAUUUUUUAUGUAAAAAUUAAAGUUGGACUGUUCAUAAUUUUCAUAAUGAAAGCAUUUACUUGUAAGUGUUUGGAUUCCAACUUCUGUGUACUGCCAGAAAACAGGUUCUACCCCCUCUCUCUGGGUGUGUAUGUAUAGCACAUACCUACAUGGAAGGAGAAAUUGGGCUACUGACAUUUUCAGUGUGGUAGCCAACUGUGCCUAUUGCCUUUGGUUUGGGGAGGGUGCUCACUGUUGCCAGUGCAUUUUAGAAAUAGCGUGGGUUUACAUAGGAAGUUUUCAGCCGUAUUUGUUGCUGUAUAUUGUGAGCUAGUAAGCUGCAAACUAGGGGGCGGGAAAGGGAGGGCUCAGACUAUACCCGGAGAGUAAAACGGAAUGGAGAGAGAUGACAUUUUUAGCCUUUACCUUUGGACUGUAGAGAAAAAUGAAAACCAACACACAGUCCCAAAAAGGCCUAUUGGCUGGGGGGCUGAUCCUUAGCUUAUAUUUUAACCCAUCUCUCCUGUAGUUUAGAACACGAGCCCUACAGGCCCUGAGAGUAGCUUGAAACACUGGUUUAAACACUACUUUGUUACUGGGGCCUUGUCUCUACCAGACAAGUUGCACCAGUUUUAUAAAAUCAAGCUAGUUAAACGAAUGAAAACGCCACUACAUAGGUGCGCUUAACCUUUGCUCAAGUCUGUUUAGUUUGCAUUGGUAACUUUUAAUUAAUCAAUCUUAACUGAUGUAAGAAACAGCUAAGCUAUUUUAGGUGCAUUUAUAUUAGAGGCUGGCUCUGGUUUAACUAGAUUGAUUUUAAAAAUCAGUCCGAUGAACUGUUGUAACUUUUCUCCCAUAAAACAAGGCCUUCGUAUUUCUGCUCAUUUAAACAGAAAGUAAAAAAUAAUAUGGCCAAGAUAUUUUUCUUUUAUAGCAAUGUUCACUUUCUGCCCCGCACUCCUUGGUUAAGCUCUUUCUUGGUCCCUACUGUAUCACUUUAACAAACAAACAGUACGAGUGCUCCCCCUUUGAAACAAAAACACCCCUCUCCCCCACAAACAACAUAGCUUGAAGGAUGUUCAUUUUGCACUAUAAUUUUUCUUUUGCCAGAUGUGUCUAACAAGUGCAUUUGGAGAUGCCCUCGGUCACAUUCUCUCAGGCCUACUCUGGUAUUUCUAAUAUAUCACAGAAGUACCCAAUCUUGUAGCCCUCAGUUCUGCCUUUUUUUGACAUUUUAUUUUUUUUAAGCUUUUUAUAAAUAUAUAUAUAUAUAAAUAUAAAUAUAUUACUUUGUCAGUUUUUUUGCUGUACAAAAAGUCUUUAAGAUUUAAAAAAUAUUAUUUGUAUUAUAUGAUGGUGGUAUGUUAAUGUUACAAAAUUAUUAAUGAAGAAAAAAUUUAUUUUUGUUACUGGUCUGUUUCAUAAUUCUUUUUUAAAUUGGUAUAUUGUAAGAUAUCUAUGCAAAAAUGUUAUGUGAUGCAUUUUUAUUUAAGAAUGUAAUAUGUGUAAUAAACAGUAGAAUGUG